AUGAGCUACUUGCAAUCUGAUUGCAUCACCUGUUUGUAGAUAAACUUCAACAGAGUAUUAAAUGAAUAAUCUUUUGAAUGGACAUUCACAAUCUAAUAUUUUCAUUUACUAAUAAAACCCAACAACACGAUUGUCGAGAAAACCAAAAGGACUACUAAUAUAAUAGGCUACUGAAAACCCGGUUACUUUUGAUUCCAAUUACUAAAAUGACCUUGAACACGGAGUCGCCGUCAACGAGCAACCGAGAUUGGUUUUUCCCUUCACAAUCGUUCAACGUUCCCCGAAGUCCGGCCCGGAGAUUCUCUUCUCCUUACCCUCGAACAACGACAUCCUUUCAGAAUUUUACUUCUCCUCUGGCUGUACCCCGAACUCUACGACGCCGUAUUAGUCACCGGCACCGGAUUCAGAACUCUGCUGGUGCUACCACAGAUGAAAUCGGCGGAAAGUCUAACGAUGCCGUUCUCAUCCAGUCAGAGGAAUGUCCAAGCUCCGGGAACAAAACGACAACGUCGGCUCAUAAGAAAUAUACCGACUUUGUUCGUUGGCGAAUGGCGUGCGUUAUUGCAAUGGUGGUGGUUUGCUUUACAUCUCUUCUACACAAAAACUUUUCUCUGCAAUAUCAAGUUAGUGAUUUGCAGGUAACUUCCAAUAUCAAGAUUUCUGACAUGCAUAUAAUUGUGUAUGUAAGUACGUUAGCAAGUUCGUGUGGAAGUUAUACGACGUUGAUACAAUGAUAAAAUUACUACUUCUUCCAAAGGCUAAAAAGUUACAAUGACCAUGUUGAUUCCAUUUGUACCUCACUGUUAUUAUUUGAAAAGUUCAAACGUUUUUCCUCGACUCCGGUUUUCUUAAACGUCUUUUAUGCAUUUUAGUUUUUCUUUUUCUAAAUUUGGUCUGUACUACUAUAAGAUUUCUAUAUAUGUAAAUCUUAUUUUCCAAAAAUCAAAGGCAAUACUGGCCAAGGUCAACCAUAAAUAGAUAUUUUUACCUCACUUCAAGCCCCAUCAUUAUUUUUUGAGGCGGAAGGGGUGAUCUAUUAUUUAUUGGACUGCCAGAAUAACCCCAGGAAGGAAAGGGGAAGGAAACACCAGGUAGGAAUUGAACAUGUUCAAAAUAAAUAAAAAUAAAGUAAAAAAAUGCUCCCAGGCAUGAAUUUCAAGGAAAGAGCCUAAAAACUCUUUCCGGUGAAUUUCCUUUUUCCGAUGGCUCUUCUUGUUGUUUUCAGCUUAGUUUUCGUCAAUCAUUCAUCAGUAAUUGCUUUAGAAACUUUGUUCGUUUUUAUAUCAUAUUUUAAUUCAUGGUUAAUAGAAUUUAUUUCAAUAGUGGUGGGAAAUCCUUUGAUAUCAUAGAAAUCAAAGGUCUAGAUGAGGUUUGGUUUGAGUGGGUGGAGCGUAAGUCAAACUACAUGAGGAAAAUGACUUUAAGCAGGAAAGUCAUGCUGUGGAUUUGUGGAUUACUGCACAUUGCAUUUGAAGGAAGGGGAAAUGACCUUAGGAGAUGGAAGAUCACAUGUACACCUUUUUCUGCGCUAAAAAAUACAGCGAUUAUGGCAAAUUCAUUAGUAUUGUAGCAGUUCAGGGGGAGCGCAGGGCCGUAAUCAUUUUGCCAGAAAUAACAUUUAAUGGAGGGUGGAGAGAUUUUGCUCUUAAGAUUGAAAGGUUCAUAAAUAGGGAGGUCCCAGUCAUUCAAAGGUUGAGAAUCCCAGUGAAGCAAAUUCCUCCCAAGUCAGAUGAAAAUCAUGCUUAUUUGGAGGCUUUCAGAACUGACAAAUGGAAAGCGAAAGGAUCCUCAACAUCUGCUAUUGCUCCCAGCACUAAUCGCAUCACGGUAGUAGGGCUUGAAAUCUCGGAUUACGACGUGUUCUCCAGAUGCCUGGUUGGAAGCUUCAAAGCUUCUAAAGAACUUCCAACUCUAUCUGACAUUCGAAGAUGGGCUAACAGUAAAUGGAGCUCAAUCCCAGGGGUACAAAUGUAUGGAAUGCAUGGCUCCAAAUUCCUUUUCGAAUUUCCCUCAGGGAAAUUGGCAGAACACAUCAGAGUAGGAGAAUGGAAAUGGAGAAAUCUGCUGAUGAAUUUUGACUGGUGGACGCCAACGACUGGAUGUCUCCCUGCCGGCGCUACUCUCGAUUGGGUAUGGGUGAGACUUCUGGAGUUCCUCUUCAUCUCUGGUAUCAAGACAUCUUCAUACAAAUUGGGGACAAAUGUGGGGGUUGGAUCGAAACUGAAGAAGAAACCACCUUGAGAAAUCAUCUAAAGUGGGUCCGCAUUAAAAGUCAAGGGUCCUUUAGAGCAGAUCCCUAAAUCUAUCGAGCUUGAAAAAAAUGGUGUAGUCUACACUAUUCCGGUGUGGUGUGAGGCUUCGGCGAGCUAGAAUUUUACUAGCAAAGAUGAAAAGCUAGAAGGAGGGUUCGUGGGGAGUAGACUUAUAGCUGGGUCUACAGAUGAGGGGUUGGUGCACAAGGUUCAAGGGACAGCUGGUUCAGACUCAAAUUUGAAAAUAAGGGAAGAUACUAUCAUGGGGCCUGUAAUUAAAGGGGGCCCUACUGAACUGGGCCAAGGAGUUCAACUUACAAAGUUCAAUCUGGGUCUUUCAAAAAGCCCAGAAAUGGGGAAUAAGGUCUAGCUUUCAAACAAAUUUGAUAUUCUCGAUACAGAUAUAAGUGGAGAUCCAUUGAUGGAUGAGAUUACUUCAAACCAGGUGCUAAGGGAUUCUGAACUUUGGAACAAACCAAAGCAGUAGCUGCCCAGAAUUGGCAUGCUGAAUCCUGGUGUAACCGCACCUGCGGACAAGGCACGCAGGUGCGCUUCCGCAGAAGCGAAGAAAUCACCUGCGGUCCUUUUGCCGCUUCUGCUCCUCCGUUUCUGCGGAGGAUUACUCGCAGGUGCGGCUCUCCCCCAAGGCCAGCUCCUUCGCUUCUGCGCUCCUUCACCGUAGGUGCGCAUCAGCUUCUGCGUAAAAUCAUCCGCACCUGCGGACUCUAACUCUCUCUCUCUCUUCUUAUAAAAGAUGACAGGGAAACAAUUAUGAUGGGGGAUUUCACUCCUUUCUCUUUUAGUGCCAUGAAUCCCCUGCAGAUAUUUGAUUUUAAUGAUCAGGAAAAUUGGUUGGUGGACGAAGCUGAUCCUUUGGACACUCACUUUCUCAAAGCUGAGUCAGAUGCUCCUUAUGGGUUCAUAAAAAUAUUUUAAAGAUGAGCAAGUCUUAUGGGGUAAAUUUUCAGGGGUGUGAAGAAGAAGCACUAUCACUCUUCAUGAAAAUUGAUAGGCGUAGGCAAGAGAAAAGAUUGGAGACUGCUAUGAAAACAGUAUCUACUCCAAUUAGGAAGAAGGGGGGUGUGGAGGUCCAAAAUCUAGUUUUCAACAUGAACUUUUCAGAAUCAAGCUCAAAGGAAAAGGGGAAAUCCAUCAGCAAUGGUUUUCAAUGAAAUUAAAAAUCUUAUCCUGGAAUGUUAGGGGAUUGAAUCGAAGAGACGAGAUCUGUAGUCAAAAUGUUAAUAGAGAAAUGGAAGGCGGAUAUUUAUUGUUUACUGUCACGACCCAAAACUCAGCCUGUCGUGAUGGCGCCUAACGUGGUACUAGGCAAACCGACACUUCAAAAUACUUCCACAUGUUUUAAAUGAAAAAUAAGAAUAACACAGGUUUUAAUCAACAAAACUCUAAAAAUGGAUAGAAAGUCAAAACCAAUACAGAAAUUCCCAUCAUCGGGGUCUCACUGAGUACAUGAGCGUCUAAACAUCACAAAUCUGGGAGUAUUGUCUAUAAUAGUCUGAAAGUAAAUACAUAAAACGAAAAGAUAGGGAAGGAGAUACAAGGUCUGCGAAGCGCCGCUACCUUGAACCCUCCCAAAAGAUCAACUGCACGAAGUAAUCAACACUGAAACACCUGGAUCUGCACACGAAGUGCAGGGUGUAGCAUGAGUACAACCA